GGAGGAAGCGAGGCGACCAUAGAGUGGGUGAGGAAGAUGGCGGAAGGAGCGGACCUGGCGGAGGCGGCAGAAGCAGCUGCCUGAAGCCCGCUCAGGGUUCUUGAGAGCACAAACCACACCACCCAGGACAGCCUAAAGCCCCCAGGGGUUGUUGAGGCCUUGGACUUUGGCCCCGAAGCCCGGGGUAAGAGCGCCUCUGGCUCCAGGGAGGGCAGCUGACCCCGCAGAGCUGGGCUUCACAGCCAGGAGGACCUCCAGGGUGCACAGGCACCUCCACCUUCAACCUGGAGGGCAGCCCAUCAAGUACGGCAGAAGAGCCAGAAGGACCAGACUUCAUCCAGGAGGACCUGUCUUUAGAUCCUGAUCUGUGAGGAGCAGGGCUGCAGAAAUCCACUAGUCUACUAGCAGAUAUCUGAGUUGAGUGAAGUGAACCAGAGAUUGCAGGACCAAAGAUAGCCGAGAUGAAAAUCUAGGAGAGAGAUGAACCAGAGUGAAUUGUGAAAGGCCCAGUGAGCCUGAUGCUGUCUUCUGGCAGGGAGACCUUGGGGGAAAACGCCACCUUGACCCUCAGGAUCCAUCCAUGUCUGCUGCAGUGCAAGAACUGUACCCUGGGCCACCAGGCGCCCUUUCCACGGACCAAACUGCUCUGUCUGACCAAGCAAUCAUUCUAGAUGCGGACCCUGAAACAUCGGCAUUUGCACUGCCGUGUGGUAGUGGUUUGCCAUCUGAGCACCAAAGAACUUACGAGGGGAAAAUUUGUUACCAGGAUUCUGAUGAAAAGCUGGAUUGUACAGGCAAAGCAUCUUGCCCCAGACUGAUGGAACUCCUCCCCAAAGAGCCUGCAGAAGCUGGGGGUCUUGCUGAGGAUGACAAAGCUCAGAGCAGUAGUUCAAUGGAGCAGAACUCUCUUCACCAACAUCUGAGGGAAGCUGCAGAAACGGCAAAAGACAUGAAGGGUAUUGCUGAGGAAUGCCUUGUGCCGGUUUUUCUGAGUUCCAAGGAAACCUGUUGGCCAACAGAGAAGGUGCUGUGGCCAAUCCAGGAGGGGGGAGAAUUCCUUUCAAGACCUCCCUGUGUUGAAAUAGCAGGUUCGCUGCAGAGCCUAGAAGAAAGCCAAGCAAAUGUGCAGGUGACCACUGAAAGUCUGCCAAGCCCCAUGAACGAAGCACAAGGUAUGAAGGCUGAUGGGCCUAGGCUGUUUAGUAAAGCAGGAGAGAGCAGGACCCGAGGGAGUCCAGGUGUUUCACCUGAGAGCAGUGAAUGUUCCGCUGUAGACACAGUUACAGCCAAGGCUGAGGUUUCAGAAACGGACACCUUAGUCUCUCUAGAGCCUGUAAAGGCUAUGGACAGUGCCUUGGCAAAAGCACAACUGCCAGACGAGGAGGAUUGUGAAGGGCUGACAACUUGUUCCGCUUCAACAACGAACACCGAUGUCCUUUCUGGUUCCGAGGCUGGAGGAGAGAAAAUCCUUAACCAAGAGACGGAAGUCAAUGCCAUCCUUGACCACUGUCUGCCUUCCCAGAAGGAUGAAGUAGAUUUGCACGGUACCAGCAGGUCUGAUUCAGGACUGGAAAGCAGGGUUAGUGUUGAUGCAUUACUAUCAGACACAGAUUGUGACGCUUCAGACUGUCUCCUUCAAGGUAGUUUGGAAUUUGGAAAUAUGUUGUGGUCAGAGAUCACGGAUAUCUUUGAAGUUGUCUGCGAAAUGCGGGAGGAUCUCCCUGCUGGCGAAGAGAAAAACUUGAGGAGCGGUGCUAGUUGUGAACAAAUUCAGCUUCUGGAAGAAUGGGCCUCCACAGGGAAUAUAGAAGGGAGACUGUCGCCAGCACGCCUCGAUGGAGAAGGGUCCAGUGACGAUGAACAAGAAGUGAGAGAUUGUAUAGAUCACUCCUAUAGCUGUGUCUCUGAAGGAACUGUUGAAACAGAGAAAGGAGAUGCCGUACAAUACAGCUGGGAAGAAACUCAAGGAAGCUUUCAUUCAGUUAAGCAGGAACUGCAGAUCUGCCCUUCUGCAAAGGAAAAAAGUGUGCACUCCGAAAAUGGUACCUUCUGCCUUCUUGAUCUUGCCGCUCAUUCAUCAUCUGAAGAAUAUGCAGAAGUUGACUUAAGAUCAGCCCCUUCAAGAAUUGACAACAUCCAAAAAGAUGAUCAGCUGCGUAUUCUUUCCUGUAUUGGAAGUUUGGCCACUGUCGGAGAAAAAAAUACCCCUCUCUUGGUAGAUGUUGACCACUUUGAGUGCUUUCAGGAUAACUGCAGAACAAACAUUAAUUCAAUUCCCACUCAUUAUGGCACUUUGAAUUGUGGGACUAGAUUAUGUGAAGGACUCUUACUACCGGUCAAAUCCAACAGCGAUCCAGGGGCAGAAAUGGGUGCUUCCACCCCACGCCUGCAUGCGACCAGCUCCUCCAGCCCAGCAGAUAUGGACCUAGUUACUGAUAAAGGAAGCCCCCAAACAAUUCAACCCAGUGGUGCAUGUUCAUUUAGCCAGCAAGCUGAUGCAGUCUUAAGUAGCAGUGGACUUCUGGACAGCCCACCCGGAGAAGAGUUCCCUGGAAGCUGUUCCAAGGAGGAGAGGCGGAGUUUUGCCUGCCUGAAGGAAUUUUCUCCAGCAAAUCAAAAUGGUCGAAGUUGCAGGGAAAUGUCCCAGCACAGCACAGCACUGAUGCUGAGUGAUGCAGAAAAGAGAGUGGCAGAGAAGACAGUGGCCGAGAGCAACACAUGCUGCCCUAGUGGCCCGUGUAUGGGAGGCCUCUGCUGUGCUGCCAGGACUUGCUGCUCCAUUUCAAAGCAGGUCGGCGUAGAGGGUCAUGUUCUAGAAACAAGGACUGGAACAGACACUCUGCAGGUUGAUGGGCUGGGAAUGCGGCAGGCCUCUUCGUCUCCUAAGAUAGUUGGCCCAUCUCAGGGGUGUGAGGGUGUUGAGGAACACAGCUGCCUCCCCCAUGAAAAUGGCGGGGGAGACUUGGGCGGAGCAGAAAGCACAUUGGGUUCCAUUGGCUCUGUGGGUGUGUCCAGCACUGGCCUCUCCGAGGCUGAAGGCUUAGAGUCCUGGGCAGAAGCUGGAAGCCAGAGGACUGAUGACCAUUGUGUCAAGGCAGAAGAAACCCAGGAUGUCGACCUGACCCACGUUUACCCUCCAUACACAAACCCAGAACAAAAACGGAUUAAAACGUCACUAAGAGAAGGGCCUAGUUACAUGGAAACCAUGGAAAGUGAAGAAAUGCAGGAAGAGAGCUGCAGAAAUGGAGUAAGCGAGAAGCUGGGAGGGGACAAAAAUGUGGACAUAACCCUCCAGCCCCUUGAACUUGGCAGAUUUAGGGAAGUUCAAGACAAGGAAGAAUUGGAGAGGUUCCAAGCUCCCUCUUCUUCUUGUUCCUCCUCUCCAUCCGUUCUGUCUGACUUAAGAACUGGUCUGAAUUCUGAAUUCUCCCUGGAUCUCACACAGCAACAGGGCUACUCUUCGCACUUGGAGUAUUUGUGUUCUAAAGAUCCAGGUCAGCUGUGGGAGGCUCUUUGUCAGAGGAAAAUUCAGGCCCAUGCACAACAGAAUUGUUAUCUUGAUAGUCAAGCUUCAUUUAAUCAGAAAAAUGAAACCUUAGAAGCAGAAGGUCUUGAAUGCCAGCAGCAUCCCUUGGUUAUCUCAGAAAAGCAAAAGGAAGAGUGUACUGUGGGGGCUGCAGAAACUCAAAAAUGCACCAGCUGUAAUCAAAAGGAAUGGCUAUGUCCAGCGAGAGAUGGAGAUGGGACUCCACCAGCUCCAGGGCUUUUAACAGAAAAUAGUGCUGAAGAAACAUUUCAGCAAAAUGCAAGUAAUUGCUCCUCCAAUAAAACAGAAUUGCAGCCAGUUGGCAGUCCAUCAAAAGGAGAAUUAAAACACACCACACCACCUUCAGAAUGUUCUGAACAUGUUUCCAGACUACUGACCUUGAGUGGAUUCUCCAAGCAACAAGCUGAUGACAUGGAAACAGACGCCUCUGGUUCUGCCUCCCUGUCAGUCAGUGGGAGUCCGUCAGAUGGGUUAGAGAAGAAUAAUUCUCCAAAGUUUAACUAUGAGCCUGCUUCUCCACCUAGUCAUGACUGUUUUCACUCAGACCCUCUAACUUUAACCACAGAUAAUAGUCAGAAAAGUACUGAAGGAGUGUGUUCAAAGUCGUGCCGGAGCAAAGAAAUAUCCAGUUUAAUAUAUAUCCCUUUAGAAGUGCAGCCUGCUCAGAAUCCAGGUAGCGGCUCGUCUCAAAAAGAUGAGCCCUCUGCCUCACCUCUUCUGAAUGUUCUCUGCUCUCCUCCUGCCAAAAAGCCUUGUGCAGUUAUAGGGUCAUUUGAGAGAGAAGCUGAUGAUGGUGCCUGCCCGCUCGCUUCAGAGAAUGAAAAGGCAAUCUGCUCUGUCAAAGGCUUUGCGCCUCUUAACAAGGCAGUACCCACGAGCAUGGUGGAUAGUAAGGCAGGUGUGGAAAUAAUAGGACAAACUGUAUCUGUAACAUCCAGUAGUAUGGAUUCCGCAACAAAGAUUAGACAGCCUGUGGAAGAUGACCAGAGAGAAAUUAGUUUAACAGCUGAGACGAAGAACUUACCAGUUCGUUCGCUUCCUAACACUGAAGAUUCUUCAGGAUUCCUUUUACAAGACUUGAAGCUUCCUCUCGGGGGAGAGGAAACCCCUGUCCCAUCCAAAGCUGGAAUACACGCACAGCCUUCUUUUGUUCACUCUCUGGAAGGACCUUCAGAACUUGGUCUGAGAAAAGAACAAUCCUUUGUCAACCGUCCCUCAAAACAAGCAGUUGUCACAUGGAUUUCGGAGGAUAUGGGCCAUGGUUUGCACUCUCAAGACUUAUUUCCUGUAAGAGCCCCAGAAAACCUUUGCUGCACUGUGCCUUUUGCUUCUCUAGGUGGCGGCAUGCCAGAAGCCUCCCCCAAAUGCUCCAGUAGCAAAGGAAGGAGUUGGCAGAAUACAGAUAAUGACCAGGAGCUGGCAGGAGAUCGUAAGAAGCCAUCCGAGUACUCAGUCAACAAGGGCAUUGAGGUGCCUGUUAAGGACAUGCAAGCUUCAGAAACAGAAGCUUGUCCAACACUUAACAAGAAACCGAUACAAGAGGAGGCUGACAGAAGUCCUGAGCAUCGUGUUGUUUCCUGCAAUGUGAUUGGUCCAGAACAACGGGCAAAAGAGAAGGUGAACCAGAGAAUUCUCAGGAUUGAGCGGCCUUUACAUGGGACGCCUUUGAAGCCUGAAAUUGCGAUCCGACAGACUGUUGCUGUGGGGCAUGUUAUUGAGGGCAGUAAGAACAAAAACCCUUGCAGCACUUUAAGGGACUCUAAAAGGCCAAAGAGAUCCAGGGGCUUAAGUGGGUUGGAAUAUAUGGAGGCCAAGGCCUCGGAGGCCAGGAGCCCAAGCCUUUCCUUCAGGAACUGUAGCCAGCCAUCGACGGAUAGCAGCACACCUCUUGUUCCGGCCUUUUGCACCUUUCUGCAAGCUGUCAACUUGGGGCACAAUGGAAUCAGACGCACCGCUGAAAGUGCACGCAAAAUCAGACUGUCUCCUCUGUUCAGGAGACCGCCCGGAAAGGUCUGUAGAAGUUCCAUGCCAGGCUGGUUCAAAGCAGCAAGAAAAGCUACCCGAAUGAGAAGUGCCACUCCCCGCAAGCAUCCCUCGGAGGUGGUCCCCAUGCACAACGACAAGCUCGCUGGUUCUGUAGCUUUUGCCAGGCAGAUGGCAGCCAUUGAGAACAAAGGAGCCGCCGCCAUAUGGGACCCUAUGCCAAAGCAAAGAGCUGGCCAGAGCAGCUGGUCAAGCCCCUCCAGGCUCAGCGAACGUACCAAAGACCCAGCAGUCUUGAAGGGGCUGUCUGUGUUGGCCAAUAAAUUACUGCCCCCCGAAGGGACGCUUCAGAAGCCGAAGCCACUGGUGUGUUCCACCCAGUUUCUGCCUCUGACUGAAAAGUGCAGCCAGCUGAGGAGUAUUAAGCUUCUGGAAGUGUUCUCCUGCAUUAAUAGGAAGUUAAACUCUUCCUGGGCUAAUGGCAGCCGCUGUGGCACCCAGGCGUCCAGCUCUCAGUCCUUGACACUUUACCCAGUAGAAUCCACGAGCCUGUGUGUUCUGGAACUGAGACACAGAACUCCCUUUUCCUUCAAUGCUCCAUUUCUCCCAGUUUCCUUUCAUAUAAAAAUGGGUCCUCCCAUGCCUACGAAGAACCUCAUGGGGACCGCAGCCCUUCAAGGUGUCCCCGACAAGCUGGCUCUGGGAGAGGCACACUGGACUUGGCCGCCUUCCAAGUGGACCUUCUCUUUCCUCCUGCCUCCAAGCUGCCUGGGCAUUGCACCGAUCCAGGAAGGCGCCUGGCUUCCUCCCGAGUCGUCCACAGCACCAGUGCCUCUGAGUGCAGCAAAGGGCAGGGAAAGGAGCGCCAUAGCUCAGAGGAGUGUAGGCUUCCCCAUGCUCGGCCUCCAGACGGUCCUGGCGCUGUCUUCACCCGGAUGCUACAGAUUCUGGAUGAGGAAAAAAAACCUUGCCAGUCGCAUCCCGAACAUCCAGAGACUGGCGCUGCUGCAAUUCACCCAGGGCUUGAAAGGGUUAAAAUGUUCCGCUUCUGUCUCCGCUGACCUCUUCUCUCCCUUGCCCUAUUCACUGGGUAGGGUACUGUCCAUAUGGAGCCAGCAUGGGCCUGCCACCUGUCCCUCCGAAUUCACUCUUCAUUCCAAUCGCUGCAAGUGGCAGCCAAUCACUGCUGCAGCCACGCGUCUGGGCCUCGGGAACAGCUCUGCCAUGUGGCCUCAGGUGCCUGACCAGGUGAUUGGAGCGCCCAGGGCUGUGAAUGAUGACAUCAGGUUGGAGCCUUCCUUUUCUGCAUCGUUGCCAACAUCUUGCUCAAUUCCAGGACCAGCAUUAUCUGCUCUUGGACUUCUGGCCCCAGAGUUGCAAGUCCAUCGACUGGAUGAACUGGAUGUUUCUGUCCCCGUGUUGCCUAAGACUGGAACUUGCUUAGAAAAAGCUGAGCCAGAGAAGAGGCCAAAGAAGGUGUCUCAGAUACGGAUUCGGAAGACAAUUCCUAAGCCGGAUCCCAACCUCACCCCCAUGGGACUUCCUCGACCAAAAAGGUUAAAGAAGACAGAAUUCAGUUUAGAAGAAAUAUACACUAACAAGAACUACAAAUCUCCCCCUACAACCAGGUGUCUGGAAACUAUUUUUGAGGAGCCAAAAGAGAGAAAUGGAUCUUUGAUCUCUGUCAGCCAACAGAAGAGAAAGCGGAUUUUAGAGUUUCAGGACUUCACCGUUCCCCGGAAGAGGAAAGCUCGCAGCCGAGUCAAAGUGAUGGGCAGUUCCACCAGGGCCCAAAAGGCAGCAUUGGAGGGGAGAGAACUUGAUGUCCUCUUGAUUCAGAAACUGACAGACCUCGAAGCCUUCUUUGCCAAGGAGGAGUGGGAGCAAACACCUGGCAGUUGAGGAUGGGCCCGUUGGCUGGAAAUGGUCCAGGCCCUUUAGAAUUCCAGGGUGCUUUGAAGAGCACUUAACUAGUUGUUCCCCAGACCAAUCACUCGGCUCUCGUCCCCUGAUGAUCAGCUGUUGUUUACGGACCUCUGAGUGGUCAUAGAUAUUUUCUUAAAAUGGUGGAGGAAAGAGCUUCUGAUUUCCUGUGACAAGGACAGAUAGCUUCAUCUUCAUCUUCCAGUGUUGCUGGGGAUUAUUGUUAAUAUCUCUGUGUUUUGUUUUGUUUUUUAAAUCCUCUGGGAAUACGAGUGGGGCAGAUUAAAGGCUAAAGUAAUGCACCUUCAAAGGCAAUAGGAAGUUAAGGUUUCCCAAAUAUUGUAGGUUAAUUUGCCUCUGCUACUCUUCUCCUUUAGUGGCUCUUCCAAACAUGACUGAGGCAGAAGGAACUAGGACCCACAAGCUUGUAUAGAUGGGCACUAGGAAAUAUUUUCUUCAUGGGCACCUCUUGUUGAUGCAAGGUUAAAAAUCAACAACAAUAACAACAAAAUAGUGUGUGGGAUCUCUAACCAGCAAGAGCCCUCUGUCGUUGUACUGUCCUAAACAAUGUCAGGCAGCAGGAUUUGCCCAUAAGGCCAGAGCUGGGAAAGUUGCACUUUGUAUUCUGUGUGCUGCGUUUGUUUUUCCUCUGGGUCUGGAGACGAGCAAGGAACAGCUAGCAGACUGGGUUCAGCCUUGUUCUGCCUUUUCUGCUGUGUUCUGCUUUGCUGGUUUGAAUUUUUGGUCUUGGCACCAGUGACUUUCAGCAUGAAAUGUUUUAGCUUUUAUUUAAGACUAGGAUACUGAUGAGGCCUCAGCAAGCAACCCACCAGGCUUUGUUCUUUCUCUCUCCUCCAACACCUUGUAUCCUUUCUGUUUUUAAGUUGAAAAUUCUAGAUUUGGGGCCAAACAUUGCUUAGCAUGUUGAGCUGAACAAGUUGCUAAACGACGGGCCUUAACGGCUUUGUUAGCAAUACACAACUGGAUUCUCAUGUGUGGAAGCUGGCCUCUCUAAGGGAGCAGCAGCACCAUUAGUAAUUAUCUGUAGCAGUGCUUUGGAAAUCUUAGCCUUUCCACCCAAGCGGGGGUUGGCUGCCCUCUGGGAUAUUCAGUUUUUAUUAUCUUAUUAUUCAGACAUUUCACAAGCGAAUAGCAGCUGCUUGCUGUGGUCAGGUUCCUUCUGUCUGCAGUGCCUAUACACAUAGUUUGAGCCAGAUUUAAUGGCUGAAAUGCUCCAAGAUCACCCCUCACUUUUUCACUCAUCUGAAAAUUUGCACUUUUUGCACCUCUAUGCCCCUAUAGAUGCCACCUGGUUACCUCCCAGAAUUAGUAGGACCUCAGCACCCAGUCUGUGAGCACCUCAUGAUCACUGAAGCCAACCCAAGAGUGAAAGUACUGCACUGCCCCUCUCGCUCUUCUGCAUUCCCAGGUUUGAGCAGGCAAGUGUAAUGCUGGUCCUUAAGCAUGUGGAAAAGCAGAAGGGCAAAGACACAUGUGCCUGGACCAAUACGAGGGGUUUCUGGAUGUGUGCCUGGACUGAUACGAGGGGUUUCUGCUCCACCCUCGUCUGCAUGGAGUGGCUGAUAGUUUCCCCAGUGUGAGAGAUACCAAGAACUGGGAGUAAUUCCUAAAAACCUAGGCAAUCCCGGUGAGUUUCAUAUGGGAUUGUGACACGAUGCAUUUGCUACUGCAUGGUUUUAGUCAAGGCUACCAAAUAAUUACUUCUAUCAUGGUAGUAGAUCCCUAAACAAUUCGAGUCUCUGUAUUUUGGGAGUGAAUCAUUGUUGGAAGUGAGUUUUUUAAGUCUUUUUGUCCCAUAGUGGGAUGUUAUGAUAUGAUGCACCAGUCCAGGCUCUGUUUUGGAAAAGUCUGAUUCUGUGGUGCAGCUGAGCUGAUGUUCUGUUAGUGGCAGGCAGGGUGGAUGAUCCAGGCAUAGUUCUCCUUCCACUGUGAAUUUCGAAAUCUCUUUAGAGCUGUGUCACAGAAAUGCAAUUACUAUUCUGAGUUUUGUUUAGAGUUGUGAAAAUUGGGGGAAACAGGAAAGUGGGGGUGGGUGUUAUUUGUUCCCCCUAAAAAACCCUAGAAAAUGCAGGGGUGGGGGUAUGGAAACAGAAAACCCACAACUUUUUCCUGCAUUUUUCUGGUUUCCCCCCAGGCCUUCACAACUCUCAGGUUUGUUGCAGCUGUUCUGAAAAGAGUGCUGCUGUUUCUCUGCCCUGAGGCAGGAUUUGUGGCAAUUCCCCACUACUGCCACCAUGAUUUGCGUCAAAAGGAUUUCUCCUAUUCCUAGGUUUUUCAUAAUUCUAAAGCCAUCAUACUUUGGGUAUGUGUUCUAAGUUCCUCCUCCCCGUUUUAUGGGACCCAUGGAAUAACAGUGUUGUGGGUGAAAAUGUCCUCUGAAGCUGCCUGUAUCUCAGAGACAGCCUUUCUUGGAAAGCUCACUUCAGACAGAACCCUUCCAAGGUUGGGGGUUGCAAUUUCUGUGCUUGUUUUGGUUUUCAGUACAAUCAUAGAGAAGAGCUUCUAUUCAGAGCAGUAGAAGGGGAAAUUCUCUCUCUGGAAAGAGCCAAGGCAGCCUACACUGUAAUUCUUAGGGGCAUUCUUUUUUAAAAGGUCCGUAGGAUAAUCUGGUUGUGUAUAGGUCUGUCUGAAAUCAAAAUUGUAAUUUUAUUUCUCUGUACCUGCCAACAGAAUGGGACUCUGAUUUCUCAUUGCCAGGAGCAGUGUACACUUGUCAUCGAUCUGAACUUGUCAUCAAGCUCUUCUGGCUUAUAUCUGAUUCAGAGCUGUGUGGUGAAGCUUCAGCCACUUUGUGGUUAAUGGUCAGAAACUGCGUGCAAGAGAUGCUUCUUUGAGCCUUUCAUGAUCAUAAAAAACUGAAUGAAAAUUCGGACAUUUUUGUACCUUUGGCUGCUGUCAUGCCAUCAUGUUUUGUUCUGGGUUUGGGGUUUGUUUUAUUUUUUAAAUUCCAGUAGUCUCUGAAUUUUAAAUUUCACUUUUUUCCUCUGUGCUUUAAAUUAUGGAAAUAAUAAUAAAAAACAUUUCAGGUGUG